CCUUCUUCCCAGGACCAGGACCUCUGCCAUCCAGCGCCACAAAGAGACAUUCUGCGCGGCGCAGGCACACACACACACACUCACACAAGCACACACACUUACCCAGAGACAAACUUAAGGUGAGAGGAAAGAGCCCUAGCUUCACUUGAUCUCCAGGCUCCAACUUCAGCAGGACUUGAGAGCAUCUGAACUUCUGGAUUUUAGGACAAGUGAAGAAGAUUCUUUGGGCUACAAAGAUGAAGAGUCUACUUCUUCUGGUGCUGAUUUCAAUCUGCUGGGCCGAUCGUCAUUCAGACAACUAUACUGUAGAUCAUGACAGAGUUAUUCACAUCCAAGCAGAAAAUGGUCCCCGUCUAGUCGUGGAAGCAGAACAAGCCAAGGUGUUCUCACACAGAGGUGGCAAUGUUACACUGCCAUGUAAAUUUUACCGAGACCCUACAGCACUUGGCUCAGGAACCCACAAAAUCCGAAUUAAGUGGACCAAGCUAACUUCAGAUUACCUCAAGGAAGUGGAUGUUUUUGUUUCCAUGGGAUACCACAAGAAAACCUAUGGAGGCUACCAGGGUAGAGUGUUUCUGAAAGGAGGCAGUGAUAAUGAUGCUUCUCUGGUGAUCACAGACCUUACCCUGGAGGAUUAUGGGAGAUAUAAGUGCGAGGUGAUUGAAGGAUUAGAAGAUGAUACCGCUGUGGUAGCAUUAGAUUUACAAGGUGUGGUAUUUCCUUAUUUUCCACGACUGGGGCGCUACAAUCUCAAUUUUCACGAGGCACAGCAGGCUUGUCUGGACCAGGAUGCUGCGAUCGCCUCGUUUGACCAGCUGUACGAUGCCUGGAGGGGUGGGCUGGACUGGUGCAAUGCUGGCUGGCUCAGUGAUGGGUCUGUACAGUAUCCCAUCACAAAACCCAGAGAACCCUGCGGAGGCCAGAACACAGUGCCCGGAGUCAGGAACUACGGGUUUUGGGACAAAGAUAAAAGCAGAUACGAUGUCUUCUGUUUUACAUCCAACUUCAAUGGCCGAUUCUACUACCUGAUCCACCCCACCAAGCUGACCUACGACGAAGCGGUGCAGGCUUGUCUCAACGAUGGUGCUCAGAUUGCUAAAGUGGGCCAGAUAUUCGCUGCCUGGAAACUUCUGGGAUAUGACCGUUGCGAUGCAGGCUGGUUGGCGGAUGGCAGUGUCCGCUACCCCAUCUCUAGGCCAAGAAGGCGCUGCAGUCCUACUGAGGCUGCGGUGCGCUUCGUGGGUUUCCCAGAUAAAAAGCAUAAGCUGUAUGGUGUCUACUGCUUCAGAGCAUACAACUGA